AAUCAAGAGAGUCUCAGCCUUUAGGUAGUUGACCCCGUGAUAAGUGCAUCCUGUGAACUACCCAAAUAAGGAGGAAAACGAAGGCAGCUGAGCCAUGGGAUGCCAUAUAAAAAUCACUUAAACCAGUCGCCACUUCUUGUUUCCGGAGUCGUCCUGUGCUGGAGGUCUGCCCAGAUGGUCUCCAUGGCUUUAGAAGUCUUGAUGCUCCUUGCUCUCUUGAUCUGGACUGGUGCUGAGAACCUCCAUGUGAAAAUAAAUUGCUCUCUGGACUGGUUGAUGGUGUCAGUUAUCCCACUUGCAGAAAGCAGAAAUCUGUAUAUAUUUGCGGAUGAAUUACAUCUGGGAAUGGGCUGCCCUGCAAAUUGGAUACAUACAUAUGUAUAUGAGUUUAUAUAUCUUGUUCAUGAUUGUGGCAUCAGGACAAGGGUCAUUUCUGAGGAAACUCUCCUUUUUCAAACCGAGCUAUACUUUACCCCAAGGAAUAUAGAUCACAACCCCGAGGAAAUCCAUUUGGAGUGUUCUGCCUCUAGGAAAUCAGUGUGGCUUACACCAGUUUCUACUGAGAAUGAAAUAAAAUUGGAUCCUAGUCCUUUUAUUGCUGACUUUCAGACAACAGCAGAAGAGUUAGGAUUAUUAUCUUCUAGUCAAACUUGCUCUGAGCUAAACGAGAAAUGGAAACUUGAAGCUGGUAUUAUGUAUUUUGCAGGAAAACAGUUUUGCUUUUUCAUAGCAAAAAUAUAGUUGGUGUAUAUCUCUCCUUAAGUCUCUGGUUUCUAAAAACCCUACUUCAGUAAAGGUCCUGAUUAGUUUAUUAGUGAAUGUGUAUUUCUAAAUAUUUGUAUUCAGUAGCGGUAUGGCUUAUUAAUUUAACAUUAACUAUUAGGUAAUUCAUAUUAUACAUUUAAGAUUUUUUCUGUUCUGUGUAGAAGAUUCAGAAAUAUGUCUUCAAUGACAAUGACUUGAUCUAAUUGAUAUGAACCUCCAGUAAAUAUGUUCUAAUAUUUUUCAGGAAGAAUAAAGAAUAGAGAGAGACAUAUAAAUGUGCAGGAGGCAAAACUUUGAGCAUAGUGUAAAAUUUAACAUAUUAACUCUCAUGAAAGGCAAAACUCUUUUAUGUGCAGAUAUUUUAAUUCAUGUAGACUUUCCUAUUAAUCAGUAAAGUUGAAUCCUAACAAUAAUGCAAUGUGACUACCUAUUUAGAUUAUUCCAGAAGUAAAUUCAAUUUAUUUUCUAGAGCUCAAAUAACCACUCCCUUAACUGAAAUUUGAUGUUAGGUUUUCCUUUUUCCUCAGAAUGUUUCUUCCACACUCAAAAUGAUUGAUUGAGUUGGUUAAGCAAAGAGUUACCCUGCCACCUAAAAGCAUUCAUUAAAUGAUUAUUUAUUAACACUUACUUUAUACAGCUUCCUUUCUUUAAACAGGGAGUCUAUAUGUGUAAUAUAUCCAAAAAUACUUCUAAUUUUGGUAGAUUUCUUAUAUCAAGGGUGAAAACUGAACUGUGCCGUUGGCUAUUCAAUAGUUUGUUGAAUGUAUGUUUUGGAUGCUACAUCCUCCUGGGAGCAAAUUUUACCAAGAUAUUGGUUAUUAUUAUUUUUAGUUAAAGUGAUACUAUUCCAUUUUCAAU